AUGAGUGCAAGUUCUUAUGGUUUCCCUAUCCCAGCAUCGCUUUUGCCAAGCGAUGCAUCUCCCGAGUGGAACAACAAAGCAGAUAAUGCAUGGCAACUAACGGCAGCAACCUUAGUGGGCCUUCAGAGCGUUCCUGGGCUUGUGAUCCUGUACGGCAGCAUGGUUAAGAGAAAAUGGGCUGUGAACUCAGCCUUCAUGGCCCUGUACGCCUUUGCUUGUGUGCUCAUUUGUUGGGUUUCAUGGGCCCAUGGCAUGGCAUUUGGGACUGAGCUUUUGCCAUUCGUGGGAAAGCCCAACCACGCUCUGAGUGGGAAGUUUCUGCUUGCGAAGUCAAGUGCUGGGUACUUUCCAAUGGCUGACUUCGUGUUCUAUCAAUUUGCUUUUGCCGCAAUCACUGUUGUGUUGCUUGCAGGGUCUUUGCUGGGGAGAAUGAACUUCUAUGCGUGGAUGUUGUUUGUUCCUUUGUGGCUUACCUUCUCUUACACUGUUGGUGCAUUCAGCAUAUGGGACAAAUAUGGCUUCCUUGAGGGAAAAAUAAUAGAUUAUGCUGGUGGCUUCGUCAUUCAUUUAUCUUCUGGCAUUGCAGGUUUCACAGCUGCUUAUUGGGUUGGUCCAAGAAUUUCAUACGACAGGCAAAACUUUCCACCAAACAACAUAAUUCACGUGCUGGGAGGUGCAGGGUUUUUGUGGAUGGGUUGGACAGGUUUUAACGGUGGAGCUACUUUCCGAGUGGGAGAAAUUGCAUCGUUGGCGAUCUUCAACACCCAUCUAUGUACUGCAACAAGCCUACUGGUUUGGCUUACAUUGGACAUGAUUGUAUAUACCAAGAGCUCAGUCAUAGGAGCCGUACAGGGAAUGAUCACUGGCCUCGUCUGCAUCACACCAGGUGCAGGCUUGGUGGAUUCAUGGGCAGCAGUAUUGAUGGGAGCUUUGUCUGGUUCCAUUCCAUGGUACACUAUGAUGGUGUUACACAAAAAAUCAGCAUUCUUUCAGAGUGUGGAUGAUACAUUAGGAGUCUUUCACACUCAUGCUGUGGCUGGUCUUCUUGGGGGUCUUCUUUCUGGCGUGUUUGCAAAACCCAGGCUUCUAAGAAUAAUGUAUCGCGAUGAUCAGUAUGGCCCAGGAUUAAUCUAUAGUUUUUCUAAGGGGGAAUCAGUGAGUGAAGGGUUUAGGCAAAUAUGGUACCAGUUACUUGGAGCAGGUUUUAUUAUUGUUUGGAAUGUAAUUGUUACUAGCCUGGUUUGUGUUCUUAUAAGCCACAUUGUGGAUCUUAGGAUGCAAGAAGAGGAGCUUGAGGUUGGUGAUGAUGCUGCUCAUGGAGAAGAAGCAUACGCAUUGUGGGGUGAUGGAGAGAGAAUGAGAGUUCCUCUUCGUCUCCAUAUAAGUCCAACCAUUCCUUCUCUGUGCCGGCGAAGGUUUUCUAUUCCUCUCACCAGGAACCAAGAAGAGUAG